GAAGUCCGACGCCAUCAUUCCAUCAUAAUUUUUAUUAUGCAACAUCUCGGAGAUGGCAGAUGGGAUCAGCCGCUCGACUGGCAAUGGCACAGGUGGCCGCCGUAGGACAACUAUCUCGGGGCCGCUUCCUCAAAUAGAAGAAGCAGGACGCAACAGGCCCUCGCCGAUUAAGUUGUUGAAAUUGGCAUGGAAUUCACCUUCGGCUCCAACAUCACCCUCGCUGGCCACACCGACAUCCCCUGCGAGAUCAUUCUCGCACCGGCGAACACUCAGCGCUAACAUUUUGGCUAAGUUCAACCUGAUCAAAGAUGCCAAUGAUGGUGCCGAGCCAAGUGAACGAGAAGAUCUGAAUGAAAAGGAGGAGUCAGUGGACUCAGCCCUGCUCGCCGCUGAAGAUGGCCUCGACGACCAAGGCGUAUUAUCAUCAUCCUCUGUCAAUGCCGAACCUCUCGUCGAGGCCCCGAGCAAAGGUAGUAGAUUCCGAAAACGUAAAGAGUCACUACGCAAAACGGCCAUUUUAGGCGGGCGUAAGCUUGGACCUGACAGCAGAGAAAAGAAGGCAAUUCCAUCACAGCGAAAUCCUAUUGUCCCGCCGACAACGACGCAGUACACUUCCACAGAUACUCAUCAAGCUUCACGUGGCACAGUCGACAAUUUAAGUCAUCCCGGGACCCAAGGGACAGAGGCGGCAAAUUUGCAUCGCAUUCGGCGACAGUUUAGUUAUGAAAGCGCCGAAGCGAUGAGCAGUAGCGAUAGCGGGUGGUCUAUUCCGCUCCCCGCUACUACUGAGAGCUUUACUCACACUGCUGAACAGCGCACUCAAAUCCCAUCACGUUCAUUCACUGAGCUAGGCAGCCCCGUCGAGUUGAAAAGCCCGACCGGCCAUGCCAGUUAUACGAGCGCGAGCACAACGGAUGACGAUGAUGUGCUGACAUUCCAUCGCCCCAGCAAGGGCUUCGGAGACUCUCAGAGAGAGAUGCCUCUGCUAGCGAAGCCCCUUUCAUCUGCUGCCACAAGUUACUUUCCUAUCGUUUCUUCACCCGCCGAAGUCUCGUUAACGCGACGCCGGAGCUCGAAAAAGUCGCGAUCUUCACCAUUGUCCCGGAAUAUAUCUGCACUCCCUAGCACACUUGAACCGGAGCCUCACGACUAUACCGAAACGGAGUACUGGGGUUGGGUCAUCCUCUUUGUGACAUGGCUCACUUUUACUGUUGGCAUGGGCUCAUGUCUUGAAAUAUGGAGCUGGGCUUGGGACGUGGGAGAAACGCCAUAUGCACCACCAGAAUUGGAGGACGACCCUACACUACCUAUUGUUGGCUAUUAUCCUGCGCUCAUCGUGCUGACUGGUGUUGUGGCCUGGAUAUGGAUCACAGUCGCCUGGGUGGGUAUGAAGUACUUUAGGCAUGCGAAGAUUGAAGUUUAAUCAUAAUGAUGAGACACGAAAUAUGAAAAACGCUGUGCCGUACAAGCCUCGCAGACUGAUACUUAUUAUGUGGCAAUAUAGGGC